AUGAAAGCCUCAAAGAAAGAACUAUCCAUAAAGUCAUUUCUUAUUGUACUUCAUACAAUUAUACUCUACUGCAUAAUGGCACAUGAUAUUAGCAUAAUAUACUACAGUAUAGCAGGAUUUAUAUUAGGAUCAUUUGCCUUUAAGAGUACUCUAAUCUCUUCCAUAUGCGUGAUAGCUGCAAAUCUAGUCAGAUACACUAAGACAGUCUCAUAUAUACCCUUAGUAGGGGUUCUUGCAUCUUCCAUAAAUAAUCUCAAUGAAGCAAAUUCCAGUCCAAUCCAUAGUACUACACCAGAGCCAAUAGGAGAUUUCCAAGUAUUCAAUGGAAGUGAAAAUAUUCCGAGUAUAAGUGAAAAUAUCACUAAAGAGUCUCUAUUCAGGCGAGCUGAAAAUGCCAUUUCAGUCCAGGAGAGAAAUGCCUUAUUACAGCAAGCUAAAUACCUCUUAUCAGAACAAGAACAAAAUGACUUCUUGAAGUGGCAGCAUGAACAUCCUGAACUUGCAGAUGAAGAAGAUGCCCUUUUAAAGUGGAAAGUCAGAAAGAACUUCUUGGAAGAAGAUGAAAUUGAUAAGAAAAAUGAAGAAAAAGAACUAAAUGACCCUGAGACUAAUGAAUCUAUAAAGAUAAGUGAUAAUCUAAUCGAUAAAAUAGUCAAUAUUGUAUGUGAAAGAUUAAAAUACCCAAUAAUCAAAGGAAUAAACAAAGGAGUAAGGGAAUUCUUUGAACAGAAUCAUAAUAGUAAUGAAGGACUAUUUGAACCGAGUUAUAGUAGUGAGGGAGUCUACAGAUCAAACCAUGUGGAAUAUAUACCCUUAAGAACAAAUCGCAACAAGGAAGAUGAUAGGUCUAGUACUUCACUGCUUCUGGAUGAAUUGCCUAGUAUUGAGAGUCCAUCACCUGAUGAAAAUGAACAGAAUCCAAAUGAUAAUGCAGACAGAACCAAGAAAGACAAAAAUACCAGAAGAAAGCCUUUGUUACAUGUAAAAGGAAGAUUUUAUCAAAGAGAUGAUAGCAGUAGUUCUUCAUUAAUUAUCCAUAAAGAAUCACCAUUUAGUAUUCGAGCAAAGCAAAGGAAAGGACUAAUUGAGUUUAUGAGUCCAGAUAAAUCUAGUGAUUCAUUGAUUUUCCGUGAAAUGGAUAAUAAAGAACUCUCUCUUGGUAAGAAUGGAAAUAAUACAAGUGAUGAUGCAGGCAGUGGUGAAUUAUCUGAUGAUUUAAAUGGAAGUAAUCCUAAAUGUAAUAAGUCUAUUUAG